ACCGUUUCCACCUCUCCGCAGCGCGAGCCCUGACAGCGGGGGCGGGGAAGAGCGCGCGCGUCACGAAGGAGUGAGCGAGAGCCGGGGACCGGGCGGCCAUGGCCUACGCGUAUCUCUUCAAGUAUAUCAUCAUCGGGGACACAGGUGUUGGGAAGUCAUGUUUAUUGUUACAGUUUACAGACAAGAGGUUUCAACCAGUCCACGAUCUCACUAUUGGUGUAGAAUUUGGGGCUCGAAUGAUAACUAUUGACGGAAAACAGAUAAAGCUUCAGAUAUGGGAUACGGCAGGGCAGGAGUCCUUCCGUUCCAUUACAAGGUCAUACUACAGAGGGGCAGCAGGGGCUUUACUAGUGUAUGACAUUACAAGGAGGGACACUUUCAACCACUUGACAACUUGGUUAGAAGAUGCUCGUCAGCAUUCCAAUUCCAAUAUGGUUAUAAUGCUUAUUGGAAAUAAAAGUGAUUUAGAAUCUAGACGAGAAGUCAAGAAAGAGGAAGGUGAAGCAUUUGCACGAGAGCAUGGACUUAUCUUUAUGGAGACAUCUGCCAAAACUGCUUCCAAUGUAGAGGAGGCAUUUAUUAACACUGCAAAGGAGAUCUACGAGAAAAUCCAAGAAGGAGUUUUUGACAUUAAUAAUGAGGCAAACGGCAUAAAAAUUGGCCCUCAACAUGCUGCUACUAAUGCAACACUUGCAGGCAAUCAGGGAGGACAACAAGCUGGAGGAGGCUGCUGUUGAGCCUGUUUUUACUUUCUAGCUGCCUGGAUGGGGCCUACUAACUUGUUUGUUCACCCUUCCCUCCCCCUCCGCCCCGCUCGCCUCCACUUCAGCUCAACUGAGACAUGAAACUUGUAAGUUGGUUUCCUGUUGCAGGAGAAGACUUUAUCCUUCAAAUUCUUGUAUAACUUUGAAUAAAUGGUUAAUGUUCACUUAAAGACAGAUUUUGGAGAUUGUAUUCAUAUCUAUUUACAUUUGAUUUCUAGGUCAAUUGAUGUGAUUAUUUUUGUUAAAUGUUGUCUUGUGCCCUUGACUACAAACUGAAUUGUAUUAAACACUACAAAGUCA